AGCAGUAGCAGCACAGUCCGCGUUCAGUCAGAGGUAUCGACACACAGGCGGCAGAGGCGGACACGCAUACGGUGUUUCUCGAUGACAGAACUAACGUAAACAUACCGUUUCUGUCUCAUUUUCACCCAAACACACAGUCAGUCCCGCUCUCUGGAAGCCCGGAGACCAAGAAUGACUGACGGAGGAAUGUUAAUCUCACCGUCGGCUCUCCAGGAUCCCGGAGAUGGAGCGAGAACUGAAGACAUCGCUAUGGAUUGUACGGACGGGGAAGAGGAAUUGUGUUUGGAGGAGAUUUUAACACUGUACAGUCAACCGAUCAACGAGGAGCAAGCCUGGGCCGUGUGUUAUCAGUGCUGCAGGUGGUUAACGCAAAAACACAGGCGGAAAGAGACAGGCGUGAGUCCACCUGGACGGAUUGCAGGUCCUGGAGAUGUGAGGAUCCGGAAGGACGGGAAUGUGAAAUUAUAUCAGCCGAACGAUCCAGAUAAGCACACACCGCCCAGCUCAUCAAUAGAGAUCAUUGAGUCUCUGGGCAUCAUGAUAUAUAAGGCUCUGGAUUAUGGCCUGAAGGAGCACGAGGAGAGAGAACUGAGUCCUCCUCUGGAGCAACUUAUCGACCUCAUGACCAACAUGGGGGACACAGAAACAGACUGUCCUGAUGAGGGAUACGAGGCCACCGAGGAGGAGGAUGAGGGAGAGGAGGAGAACGCUGAAGUUUCCAAUGUUCGCGGAUACCGGGACAUCAUUUCUCUCUGCACGUCUCACCUUCCCAGUCCAUCUGAUGCUCCAAACCACUACCAGGCCGUGUGUCGAGCCCUGUUCGCUGAGACUAAGGAGCUCCGCACUUUCCUGGAGAAGAUCAAGAGUGCCAAAGAGAAUUUGCGAAGGAUGGAAGGAGAAACAGAGGAGCCCGUCAGAGACCUGAAUGAGCUGCAGAAUGCUGACUGGGCUCGGUUUUGGGUGCAGGUAAUGAGGGACCUGAGGCACGGCGUGAAGCUGAAGAAGGUGCAGGAGCGUCAGUAUAAUCCUCUAGCCAUCGAGUACCAGCUCACGCCUUAUGAGAUGCUCAUGGAUGACAUCCGAUCCAAACGCUACAAACUUCGCAAGGUCAUGGUCAAUGGUGACAUUCCUCCAAGGUUAAAGAAAAGUGCUCACGAGAUCAUUCUGGAGUUCAUUCGAUCGAGACCUCCAUUAAAUCCUGUUUCUGCUCGUAAACUGAAGCCACAUCCUCCUCAGCCUCCGAGUCUCCAUGAGCGUAUCCUUGAAGAGAUCCGAUCGGAGAGAAAGCUCAGGCCAGUGUCUCCUGAUAUGAUCCGCAGAAGUCGACUUGGCGCAGGCAAAAGUAUAAGCACCCCACAGGACUUGUUCAGAAGCUCAGAUAUCCCAGAUGGACCCCGCAAGUUGGCCAUCAGCACACUAUCUCUGGCUAACGGCACGUCACCGGCUCGGAGUCCUGUGAAUGGUGUAGCCGGAGGGCAUUCGCUGUCCCAGAGAAAAAGGUUACUCAAAGCACCUACACUGGCCGAACUGGACAGCUCCGACUCUGAGGAGGAGCAAAGCACCCGGAAAUCUGACAGCAGCUCCAGCAUAUCCACCUCACUGGUUGAGGACACGUCUCCAGAGUCUGUCAUGGGCAAAAAACCUCCUCCUCAGUUCCUGCCCAUUUCUUCCACACCUCAGCCUGACAAGCGUGUCACUCCUCAGAGGAGACACUCCAUUGAGAAAGAGGCUCCCACCAAGAUAUGCCACUUCCUGCCUCCAUCUCGACAGAACUCCAAAUCUCUGAUGUCUUCAGACGGCAAGGCUCACGCACUAGGCAGCGGUCAUGCGGAGGAGUUCUGCUUCCCCGUCGAGUGUUUGACUCUGACCGUGGAGGAGGUGAUGCACAUCAGACAGGUUCUUGUCAAAGCCGAGCUGGAGAAGUUCCAGCAGUAUAAAGACAUUUAUAAUGCACUGAAGAAAGGAAAGCUUUGCUUCUCAUGUCGGUCGAAGAAGUUCUCAUUAUUUACUUGGUCCUACACCUGUCAGUUCUGUAAGAGGCCGGUUUGCUCACAGUGCUGCAAGAAGAUGAAAUUGCCCUCCAAGCCUCAUGCCAGCCUGCCCAUCUCCUCUCUGGGUCCCAGUAUCCUGCCCAAAAAAGAGCCCGGAGCAUCAUCAGCCCUGACAGAAAAAACCUCCUCCACAUCCAGCCACAAGAAAAACAGCCUUCAGCGCUCAUUGUCCAGAUCAUCAAAACACGGCGAUCGCUCGUCUUCCAAAGAUGAGCUGGAGCUUCCGGAGCAGUUCACCGAGGACUGGAGCACCAUGGAGGUCUGCGUGGACUGCAAAAAAUUCAUCAACGACAUCAUCAGCAACAGCCGCCGCAACCUGUCCACCAAACGUGCCCGUCUGCACCGCCGGACACACUCCGUCUACUCAUCCAGCACCAGCUCCUCCAACUACAAACCAACCGAGCGCACCAUCAAAGAGGUCUAGCGUCCCAAACGUCUAGGAAAAAAGGUGUUUUUCUUUUUUCUCUGUUACGUCUGACAGCCCACUUUUAGCUUUGUAAACGUACCUUCGAUACCUUUUCUUUUCCUUUUAAAAAGUGCCAGAGGCGAAGGAAGUUAAAAAAGCCCAUCCCUCUUUCAGCAUGAGUCCUUAAGCACCAGCCUUCUCAGGAAAUGGAAUGUAGUUUCAACUUAUUUUAACCAACAAAUCAGAAUUAUUAAUGACGAAGUGUGAACAAAAGAAAACGCAAGGCUGCUUUGAGCACCAAAAGGCCUGAAUGUACACUUUUUUCAAUAUAGUGAAGUCAAACGGAGCUGGAGUUUGUGUAAAUAAUCGCUUAAUGUUGUAAAUAUCCAUAAUUUGUUCCCUUUUAGUUCAGAUUUAGUCGAUUGCUUGACCGACCAAGAGACUGUAGAUGAAUUCAGCCUCCGUGACAAUUCAAGAUCAAGUCUUACCAAAUGUUUUUCUCUCUCUCUCUCUCUCGUCGUUUGUUAAAAUUGCUGCUGUAUUAGUGAUGAACGCCGUUUUAGAAUACUUACAGAUCUAUAUUUUUCCUGAUGGCAGAUUUUAGAUAAAGUCAAGGUUGUUUUUUUUAAAGAGCGGAUGCUGAAAGCUGUGGCGUUUCUUAAAGGAGUUGAUCGGCUGUGCCAAACAAAUCUCCACAAUCCGAGCAAUAUGUGUCUUGGACCUGAUGUACAUAUUCAAAAAAAACAUUUACCAGAGACGACACACAAAGAAGGAAAAGCAGUUCUCUCUUUUAAAACAGGACUUUUGUAUGGAUAUGUUUAUGUACAUGCUGUAUAUCCAAAUCUCAUUCGUUCCACUUAUCUAUUAAAAAUAGGCUCUAUUGUUAAAAAGCUAUGAUUUAUAUUAUAAAUAAUGAUCGUUUUUAUUUUUUGUUUCGCGUCAAAUAGCUUUUCUUUGCAACUUCACCAUUCACUUCAAUAUUUAGUUUCAUUUGAUGUCUUAAAUUAAGUUAUAAUAUAUUAUUAAUUACCCAUUUUGUGCAAUGAAAUGCUCCGGCAUCUCUCAUAUGAAGGUACUUACGUCAGGGUUUCUGGAAGAUUGUUUCUGUUUUUACUUAAUAAAAAAAAAAACACACAGACACACACACACAUACACACAUGCACUGCAGUGGUGUACAGGCCUGUUGACAUGCUCUUCUGUUUUGUGCAAAACUGACUGUACUGCCUUUCUUUACAGACUGAUUGGUGUGCAUGAUCAAAUAGAUUUUUUAAAAAUAAAAACAGAAUUGCCAAUAAAUAAAGCAUUUGAAAUUUGA